AAUCGUCUCUCUUUAUAACUUCUCCUCACCAUUCAAUUCCGAUAAGGAAGAAACCCUUUGAAGAAGAAAAAGAAAGAUGAAGAUCAUUGGAAAGAGAGAGAUUGGUUGUACUGUUCACUUCGAAUCAUCAGAGAAACCAAAUGACGAAACAUCUAACACAGUACAAUUCCUAGAACACGACGACGACAACAACGGCGGAGGAAUCCAAGAAGCUUGGGCGGAGAUCAAGAAUCACGGCAGCGUCUCCGGAGGAGGGUUUUUAGCCGGCGAAGGUGGGAACAAGCUGGAGAAGAGGAAGAGCCAAGUGUUGCUUGAGGGAUACGUGGAGGCUGCUGCCGCUCUUGAUGAAGAUCAAGAAGAUCUGACGAGAGCUAAGAGCUUGACGGAUGAUGAUCUCGAGGAGCUUAAAGGCUGUUUAGAUCUAGGGUUUGGAUUCAGCUACGACGAGAUCCCAGAGCUCUGCAACACUUUGCCUGCUUUAGAGCUUUGUUACUCCAUGAGCCAGAAGUUCUUAGAUGAUAACAAUAAGCUAAGCCACCACAAGUCUCCGGUGGAAGAGCCACCUACCACGACCAGCCCAAUUGCAAACUGGAAGAUCUCUAGCCCUGGUGAUAAUCCAGAUGAAGUAAAGGCUAGACUCAAAUACUGGGCUCAAGCUGUUGCUUGCACUGUCCGAUUGUGCAGUUGAACAAGAAUGAUCACUGUCUUGUCUGAAAAAAGGCCUUUCUUUGCAGGAAUGAAGUCUCUGCCAUUGUUAGCUGAGAAUAGACCUGCAAUGGGUCCAUGGAUAAACUGGUUUGGCUUUUCUUUGAUUCUAUGUAUGUGUAGUAUAGUGUUCUUCGUCUAAUAAAUGUUUUCAGUGAAUAAAACUUUCAAAUUCUUUUGUCUACAAA